GAAAUUGCAAGGGGAGAGAACACACUGAAACUUUUUGCUGAAAAUAGUUGCGAUUUGGUCGGCGACAAAGUUGGGGGUGUCGCAUGAUAAGAAGAACCUUUGUGUGAAAUAUUGUGAUAUGAAAACGACUAAGCGUUAGAUGUGCCAUGGUUAUGCACAUGUUGCGAGUCAAGAACGUGGAGGAGUUGAAGUCCAAUGAUUGCUCACACGUUCAGGAUCCUGACGGAGAGGGAACCAGCUAUCACAAUGCACAAAGACACGCUCAUGGGCAUUUUCCCUCCUCCUCAGAGUUGGACUACUACAAAGAUAUUGCAUUAGAUCGUUCGAGGCCGGUGAUACUGACUCCCCAUGAUCAAAUCAGGCCUCAAAGACAGGAGGCAGACGACGAGCAUUCAUCCCCUUGCCAGUAUCAGCACUAUCAGUAUGAGCAUCGCCCUCCACUGCCGCAUCAUCAUCAUCAUCAUCAUCAUCACCAUCCCCAUCGUCAUCAUCAUCAACAUCAUCAUCCAACGGCAACACCGCCGCCACCACCGCCACCACCACCACCACCAUAUGACCUAUCACAACGGUGUCUUUCACAACCCCGCGCACAAUCCCAAUCCCCAUCGCAAGCUCCUCUUCCCCCUGUUCCUUCUCUUCAUGCGGCCACUGCCAGUGUACCACGGGCUCCGAGUCCUGGAAGAAGAUCUCUCUCACCAUCCCUUCCUUCUCGGGUGCCUUCUUCACCAAAUGGUGGCGAAGGUCACAGUGUUCAGCUGAGUGGUCGACGAACCUCGAGUCUUUUGUCAAGUCGGGAGGAUCUGUCCCCGAAAUCCCCUUCAGUGCAAUCAGAAUCGCCCUCCGAGGCUUUCAAUGCGAAUGAGCCAUCGGUUCCCAGCCAUCACUUGCAAGCUGAUGAAAAAGUGGCCAAUCUAACCGAUGACAAGCUGGUAUCGUUGGACCUUCAAAGCUUAAAUACAUUCCUCCGUCGACUCAAUGUUCCAAAAGAGGAGCAGAGGAGACUCAAAAAGCGGCGGAGGUUACUCAAGAAUCGGUGUUAUGCCACCGUGUUUCGAGUGAAAAGGCGACACCACCAAGACACAAUGGAGAAUGAUUUGAAAAGCUACUCGUCCGCCAAAAGGAAAGCCUUGGAAACUCUGGAGGAUAUGGAAAAGAGAUUUCAAGCCCUUAAUGAAGAGGAACAGAAGUUGGAUCAAAAGAUCAUUCAGAUUGUGCGGGAAAAUCCGCACUUGAAAGACGACGCCAACAUGUUCCUGGUUCAAUGUUACGCUGUGUGUAACAAAGAUGUGGAUCAUGAAAUGUCCAAGCAGUACUUGUUCAGAUCUCUGGAAAGCAUGAAAUGAACAAGAAAGACCACACACACACACACACACACACACACACACACACACCCAAAAUCUGACGUUGUCAUGGAAACUUUUUGGAGAGACAUAUUCCAAUGUCUAUUUUUCUAUUGCAAUAAAUCGUUCUUUUCAA